AAACCAAAGGGAGCAGCCGAUCGAUCAAAACACCCAAAAAAGCAAAAACACAAAGCGCUAUUCAUUGAUCAACCCAACAAAAUAUUUAAAAAGAAAAAACCUUCUUCUUUACACAAACUCCAAAUCAAAAUUCCCUUCUCCAUUUUCCCUCAAUUUCUUUCUCUCAAUCAAAACCUUCCCUCCAAUUUCUUCUCUCCUUCUUCAAUCCGAUUCAGCGCAAUGCUCUUUGCAUCUGAAAGUUAUAUGGUUUCGUCAUUCAACUUGUAUUUGGUGCAUUGAACUGCUUUCCUUAGUCCCAUACCAUCGCCGGUAAUUUGCAUUCAGAUCCUGUAGUGGAGGAACAGUGCUGGAUAGUCUUUAAGAAUGUCAAGUGGAUCGAUGAGAAGAGUCUCACGUCAAGAUAUUCAGUUGGUGCAAAAUCUUAUUGAACGAUGCCUUCAGCUAUACAUGAACCAAAAGGAAGUUGUGGAGACACUGCUGAAUCAAGCUAAAAUUGAGCCUGGAUUUACAGAACUUGUUUGGCAAAAACUUGAAGAAGAGAAUCGUGAAUUCUUCAGGGAGUAUUAUCUGAGAUUAAUGGUGAAGCGUCAGAUAGUUGAAUUCAACAGGUUGCUUGAGCAACAAGUUCGGAUGAUGCAAAUACAGGAAACUGGAGCUACUCCAUUACCUACUUCGAAUGGAUCGCUGGUCCAACAAAUGCACCAGAAUCCAACAUAUUCAGUAUCUUCACUAAAGCAGAAUAACGUGCAGCAUCCUUUUGGUAACAGCAUGCCUAACAAUGCAUAUCUCAACGGUGCUGUGUCAUUGCAUUCAAGAAUGCAUCCAACAGUUGACAUGUCUGCGCAUCCAAGUAGGAUUGAAGCACCACCGUCUAUACUACCAACCCAAAGCUCAAACAUAGGGUUGAAUGGUAGGACAAUAAAAUCUGAAGCUGGAUAUUCAGGCAAUUCCUCUUAUAUGUUCGGUGGUGUUGAUAGUAAUGUAGUGGAACCACGCCAAACAAUGGGUGAUGUAUCGGUGGCACCUUUCUCUGGCAUGGAGUCCAGUGCUCAACCCAUGAAUGAACCACUCCUGGAACCGGACACUUCCUCUUUUGGAUUUCUUGGUCAGAUUCCUCGAAAUUUCAGCCUAUCAGAUCUAACAGCAGACUUUUCGCAGAGCUCAGAUAUACUGGAAAGCUAUGCCAGAUCUCCUUUUCUAGCCACAGAAACUGACAACUUCAUGGAUAUUCGUGAUAGAGAACAUCAAGAAGACAAUAAAAGGUCAUUGGAUACGAUAUCAGAAGGCUUGAGUUAUGAGGACUUUGGAAGCGACUCAUGAAUCAUAUUCUCUGUUUGAUUAGAUUAAGGUCUUUAUUUUAUUUUGGAGGAAGGGGGGUUUGACUAAUAAUGUUUGGGAAGUUUCAAACUGGAAAUGCAUCAGGUUUGGGGUUUUCUUAUAAAAAGAAAAAAAAAAAAGGAAGAAGAAAAGCACAAGCUUCUGAUUAUACUGACAUCAAAAUAUGUAGUGGUAAAAGCUGAGUCGACUUCAGAAAUGUAUGUAAAGUCAUGAUUUUCUUUUUAUCAAGUUUGGUUUUGGUCUCGCCAUUAAUAAUCUUUUGGUAGGAUUUGUUUGUAGCUGUCUUGUUUCGUUUUUUUUUUUAAUCUUUGGUCGAAAUUAAGUGUAACAAUAUUUAGAUGAUGUUUUCGUUUGUUUUGUUUAGCUUAUGAUUUGAAUUUAAUCAAAUAGUUUGGUGCUCCCUUUGAUCUCAA